UUCGUGUUCUUUCCAGAAAUAGCGACCUGGCUACAUUCGGUAUCACCAUGAAUCGCGGGAAGUUGAGGGUGACCCUGAAGCUGAUGUUCCUCGUGUGCGUGUCGGCAGGGUGUUUCCACAUGUACCUGCUACGGAGACAUCUGCACCGUCUGGAGCGCAGGAGAGAACUAAAGGGUCGACUGACCCCUGACACUAAAGAUGACGUCAGAAGACCUUUGACCUCUGGCACUACCGAUGACAUCAGAGGACCUUUGACCUCUGACAUUGCCGAUGACGUCAGGGGAGAACUUCAUCACGUGGAGGGUCUUGCACCUGCCAGUGGGGUCAGAACUAGCGGGCGGACUUUGCACGCAGAUAGCAAAAGUCGUGUUUCGGAAGUACCGGUAGCCAGGGGUAACGCAAGUGAAAGUGGUAGUGAAAGUGACUCGCUGAUCGUUAACCCGCACCCUUACAGGUUCGUGAGAAACCAUCCUGGGAAAUGCGCGGGAAAAAACGUCUUCCUUCUCGUCAUCGUGACGUCAUCGCCCAACAACCACGCCCAGAGGCACGCCAUACGUCACACCUGGGGCAACGCGACGUUACGUCACGACGUCAACGUCGUCACGGUGUUCGCCGUGGGGAGAACGGACGACGCCGCGACGCAGCGAGGACUGGACUACGAGAACAGGGUACAGAAAGACAUCAUCCAGGAGGACUUCGUAGACUCGUACAGAAAUCUGACCCUGAAGACCGUCAUGUGUCUGAAGUGGGCGUCAGAAUUCUGCCCCGGGGCCAAGUUCGUCAUGAAAGCUGACGACGACACGUUCGUGAACAUCUACAGCUUAGUGAGAUACCUGAAACAUCUGCCUGCAAGUAACACCACUAAACUACUGAUGGGGCAUGUCUUCUCAGGCGCACAACCGAUUAGAGACUCAGUCGGGAAGCAGAAAAAGUGGUACCUAAGCAAGGAGGACUACUCCAGAGAAACCUUUCCCAAAUACCCCUGCGGGUUCGCUUACGUGAUGUCCGGCGACGUGGUACGGCCGCUGUACGAAGUGUCGCUGACUGUGAAAUAUCUCUUCUUGGAGGAUGCAUAUGUGGGGCUCUGUUUGGAGAAACUGGGAAUCGAACCUGCACACCAGCCCGGCUUUCGGAUAUACAAGGCACAGACAAACUCAUGUACCUCUGUCAAAGAACUGGCUUCUCAUUGGUUCAAAACUCCGGAGGACAUGUUCAGAGCUUGGAACGUGCUCAGCAAGAGAUGUUAGGAAUGCAAAGUAGUUAUUUACGCACAACAAAGUGUGAAUAGCUAGUUUACGUUUCGGUGACCGCCUGUCACCUUACACUAAUACUGGCUGGUUAUACUUCUCAUUUCAGACAGGGCCGUGCUGCACGGUUAAAAAUGUGACAAGAGAUUGGACAGUCAGUCGUAGUUAUAUAUUACCAACUCAAUAUGAUGAUGAACUAUAUAUUUAUGCGUGUGUGAUUUAACUUAACUGAUACAGAUAACUCAGGGUAACUGGGGGAAUUGAUGAUAUAUCCUCCAUCGAUAAUGUGACAAUGUUUUGUAAAUAAAAUAUGUUUGUAUGUCACAGUAAAACAGUAUUAAGUACCAAACGAGCAUAACUUCUAGAGUACCCGUCACAGUGUGAGGUUGUUGCUCCUGAUGUUGCUACCAGAAACUGAUACAGAUGUCUAUUAUCAAAGCUCUAUCUCAAAGUGUGCCUCGAUGUAUCCAAUGUUGUAUGUUGCAAAGGACAAUAAAGAAUAAUACAUUUC